CUUCAAUUUUCAUCUUUUAAUUUUUUCAUUUAAAAUUUUUAGCUAUUAUUAAAUUUCUAGAGUUCACAAUAACAUUUGAAGUGAAAUAAGUGAAAAAUUGAAGAAGUUAAAUUCAAUUGAUAAUUACAUUUUAUUGUGCAACAUAUAGAAUUUCUAAUUUAUUGAAAUAAAUAGGAUGGCGGAAGAAGGGAAACCAAAGAAACAGUAUGUGGAAUGGGCAGCUGUUUUAUGGUAUAUUCAUAUACACGUUCUAGGAAUAUACGCUAUCUGGUUGAUGUUUACUUCUGCCAAAUGGAUGACUAUAUUCUAUACAAUUUUCAUAAUAGCUAUUAGUUGUCUUGGAGUGACAGCAGGUGCUCAUAGAUUGUGGGCCCAUAAAACAUACGAAGCCAUAGGAUUUAUUAAAUUAUUCCUUAUGCUUGCUCAUACUCUUGCAGGAGUAACAAUACACUUUCACAUCCGUAUAAGAUAA